AACUCCGCUUGCUUUUUAAUUUGGUUUCGAGACAUUCUUGAGGGCAAACGGAAGAAAGCUGCUCAUUUUUCGACAGUGUCGAUGUCUGUCUGAGUUUAAUGAACCGCGCCGAUCAUUUCGUUACACCAUGUGGUUUAUUUUAGCAGGAGUCGUGAUUCUGUGGUGUACUAUAGAUGCCACACCACUUGGUGGCAGAACAGUUCCAGAUUUCGGAAAGACGUACCAUGUUAAAGGUGUGAUAUCAUUGCCUUAUGCUGAGAUAAAAGAACCGUUUGAGGCGUGGUAUGAUCUCGAGGGGAAGAAAAGUCGAAUCGAUUAUUAUCAUGGUCAGGUGAGCACUUUUCAGAUCGGGACUGACUUGGAUUAUGGUGCCCUCUACAAAAUCACUCCAGUGACCACUGAGACAGAAAUCAAUGUUAUGAAGUGUUUCCAACUCAAUGGCACCAAAGAUGAGCCAGUACUUCCACAGGGAGCCCUGCCUGACCUUCGGGGUUUUCAGUUUGAGACGAUAGAAUAUUACGCAGGUGCUUUGUGUGAGGUCUGGAAAAAUAUCACAGUGGUUGGCCAUAAGAAGAGCACAUAUCGUCUAUGGGUAACGCGUUGGGAAGGAAACGAUUCCCCGGCCACACCCUGGCACUACGAGAUGAUGGGCUUCAACACACUUUUGGGCUCCCACUUCGACAAGUACCUUAUAGACUACAGUGACUACAGCCCCCGCACGGACCCUGGCAUUUUCAAACUACCUGAGGGAAUGACCUGUGGAAAUUUCCCUGGUCCUGGCGUGGAGCAUCAUCUAUUAGCCAAUCCCAUUCAAGAUCUUGUUUACGCUUCCCCUGUUGGCCACGCCCACCGUAUGUUCGGCCACUUUAAGGAACAGUAUACUCGUCAAUAUGACAGCGAGGAGGAACAUGAGGAACGCGAGCACAACUUUGUACAUAAUGUGCGGUAUGUUCACUCUAUGAACAGAGCUGGUCUUUCGUUCUCUCUUUCUGUGAAUUAUCUGGCUGAUCGAUCAGAGGCAGAACUGGCUGUGAUGAGAGGAAGUAAAGGCAGACGGACUCCUAGAAAGGCUCGGCCCCUUCCCGCUGACAUUCGCUCGGUGGCCAUACCUGAUUCAAUGGACUGGAGGCUGUAUGGUGCAGUGACCCCCGUGAAAGAUCAGGCUGUGUGUGGAUCCUGCUGGAGCUUUGCCACCACGGGAACCCUAGAGGGAGCACUUUUCCUUAAGGCAAGGACGCUAGUGUCAUUGUCCCAGCAGAUGCUUGUGGACUGUACAUGGGGUUUUGGAAAUAAUGGUUGUGAUGGAGGAGAGGAGUGGAGAGCGUUUGAGUGGAUGAUGAAACAUGGUGGUAUUUCUUCAGCAGAAAACUAUGGAGCAUAUAGGGGCAUGAAUGGUUUGUGUCAUUAUGAUAAGUCAUCCUUGGUGGCUAAGGUGAACAGCUACACAAACGUGACCAGUGGUGAUAUUGUGGCACUGAAGGCUGCUAUCUUUAAAUUCGGCCCUGUAGCGGUCAGCAUUGAUGCUGCUCACCGCUCUUUCGCCUUCUACACCAAUGGAGUCUACUACGAACCAGCAUGCAAAAAUGGAACAGAUGACUUGGAUCAUGCUGUGCUGGCAGUUGGUUAUGGGGUCCUGGAAGGUGAGCCCUACUGGCUUGUGAAGAACUCCUGGUCCACUUACUGGGGCAAUGAUGGUUAUGUACUAAUGUCUAUGAAAGACAACAACUGUGGUGUCGCUACUGAUGCUACAUAUGUUACGUUAGCUUAA